AGAGCCCAGUCUGUGUGCCUUCACUGACAGAUAACAACACUCUCCAGAACUGCCUGUUACAGUGGCAUCAUGGGAAAGCAGAAGAUCAUCCUGGACAAGUUGGCACGGAUCUUCUAUAUCCGUAAUUUGCUUCUGCGCCAGGCUCUAGCUGAGUGUCUGGGGACCCUCAUCUUGGUGAUGUUUGGCUGUGGUGCAGUGGCCCAGCUGGUACUCAGCGGUGGCUCCCAUGGGAUGUUCCUUACUGUGAACUUUGCUUUUGGUUUUGCGGCCACCUUGGGCAUCCUGGUAUGUGGACAGGUUUCAGGAGGUCACCUCAACCCUGCUGUGACCUUUGCCCUGUGUAUUCUUGGGAGAGAUCCUUGGAGGAAGUUUCCGGUCUUUUUCUUCUUUCAGACUCUGGGUGCCUUCCUGGGCUCAGGAAUAAUCUUUGGCAUGUACUUUGAUGCACUGUGGGACUUUGGACAAGGGAAGCUGAUUGUGGUGGGACAGAAUGCCACAGCCGGGAUCUUUGCCACAUACCCCUCCAAGCAUCUCACUCUGGUGAAUGGCUUCUUCGAUCAGAUGAUUGGUACUGCUGCCCUCAUUGUGUGCAUAUUGGCCAUUGUGGAUCCAUACAAUAACCCUAUACCUCGGGGCCUGGAGGCCUUUACUGUGGGAUUUGUGGUGCUGGUCAUUGGCCUCUCAAUGGGAUUCAACUCUGGAUAUGCAGUCAAUCCUGCGAGAGACCUAGGGCCUCGCCUGUUCACUGCUCUUGCUGGAUGGGGCACUGAAGUCUUCACUGCCAAAUCCUGCUGGUUCUAUGUGCCCGUUAUUGCUCCAUUGCUGGGGGCGUUUAUCGGUGUGUUGGUGUAUCAGCUGAUGGUGGGCUACCAUGUAGAGGGAGAGGUGCGGGACAAGGCAGAGCUGGAGGAGGAGAGUGUCAAGCUGUCCGAUGUGAGCACCAAGGAAGCUGAUUGAGCUGCCAUAAUCAUGUCCAUCCCCCUACUCCACUUGUUCUACUUCAACCAGCAAACUGACCUCUGACCUUCAGAUAGGCCAAUCACUGCAGUGCUAUACAGACCCAUUCAGACUUCUGAAUCAAACCAGGUCCCACUUAGUCCCAUUCCGCUGGGAUCAAUGGUCACAGGACUGCAACAAGAUAUCUACUCACCUGUACCUAUGAAGCUGCUCAGUGGUAAAAUGAUCAUGAAUCCCAACACAAUUUUUAUAGGGACACUUAGGCUAUUAUUGGAACAGAUUAAUUAUAUCCUUUACACAGGACAUUUAAUUAACACUUACUUGAAUGGCUGGAGUUGACAUGAAUGAAAUUCACAGAAGAUUACCCGGUUUAAUCUGUAUUCUAGGAUUUCACGUUUUUCAUCGUAUGAAACAUAUUUGCUUACACAUAAGGGGAUUAUUUUCAUCUGAGCAUGCUUCUAACAGUGGCAGUAACAUGGCAAAGAUAUUUGCUAAAUUAGCUAAAAGAGUCUCAACUGUGUGUUUUUUACACAAUAAAAUGCUUAGUGUUCAUUUAAUUUUAAGAGGUCAUAAGAGUCAAAUAUGGAUAAAAUAUGCAUUAGCAUAGUCGGUUUUACACUGAACAUCUUAUAAUUACUGUGUGCUUGCACAUCAAUUGUUGUAUAACCCCCUUUCUGUGUUUUUUUUAAAAUUGGAAUGCCACUAGUAAAGACAUUUCUGGACCAGUUUAUACAUUAAGUUGAAAUGUAUUUGCUUUUUACCUGGGUGUGAAAUGAAUUGUUAUGGAGAAAGUAAAGGACAAAAGGUCUGAUCUUCAUUGUGGCAUAUAUUGGAAAGUAGGACAUGUCAGUCAGACAUGGCAGAAUUCUUCAUCUAGACUAAUCCUAAAAUGUCAUACUGGAAUAUUUACUCUCAUGCCAGCAUUCAUUGCAAUUGUACCUUUCAUGGGUUAAAAACUCUUUUAUACAAUUUUUCCACUUUUAUCAAAUGCUAAUGGAUGGUUCAACUGCAGAUCAUUUUCUUAAAUUAUCAUUUUAGAUAAAGGCUCUGGUUAGUGUGUAACUACAUUUUAACUAUUAUUAUUAAUAAUAUUUUUUUUAAAUAUGUUUAUAUUUUCCGAUUUUUUUUAGAUUUAGGCCAAUGUAUGCCUGAUGAUACAAAACAUUUUAGUGAGUAUAAAUAUUGUAUUUUAUAAUAAUACAAUCACUCUGGCACUUAAAUACAAAAGGAGAUCCACCACUCCCACUGUUCCAGCUGCAUUUUGAUAUCUCAAGUAAAUAUUUAAUCAAAACAGUAUUCUUAAAUUGUUUGAGGUGUUUGAUCUUGCUUUUAUUUGGUUUAGUGCCUUAUUCUCAAAAUCCUGAACUAUAUGCUGUGGCAAAAAAAGAAAAAUCAUCUUCCGUUUGUAUAACUGGAUCAAUGACCCAAUUUAGUGGACCACAUAUGUUUUGAAAGAGGAUCACCAAGGAGCUGUCACAUAAUGGAAUCAGACAUUGACUCACAUGCAUUGGUUCCAUCGAUGUUGGUGUCAAGUAGCUGAAACAUUCACAGCAGGAUCUUGUGAGGUUUGACCUUCUGGCCUGGGAACCUGACCUAUGGCAGGGAGGUCAGUUGAUGCCAGGCUACAGGGAACCAUCUAUCUAGCUACUGUGACUGUAAACAAAGCUAAAGGGGAUUAGUGAGAGGCUAGUCAGCUAAUAUAAGCUACAACAUUUUGUUACCAAGUAAAAAGAGACAACUUUGCAGUUGCUGGGAAUACGGCAGGACAUGUAUGAGAAGGGUGGUGGUUGGCUAGUGAUUCUCUCUCAUUCUGCAAAGUACUUUAUAUUCAGAGUUGUUUCUGGAUGCCCUGUACUUAACAAAAUCUCACUGGGUAUGACAAGCAAAAGGAGAAGCUGAGUGUGUACAGGGACUUUUUUGGGAUGUUGGAUAUUGUGCACUCAUGUAUUUUCUGGUGUUAUAGAAAAUACAUGGAAUCUUACUUCAUUAAUCACCAUCACUGUAUUUCAUUAUACAGUCCAGCACCUGUCUUUCAACAUGCACUUACACGGUCACCCGUGUCCCAAUAUGGUACAGUACAUUAUGUUCCAUUUAAUCCGCUGUUCUUAUUUUUUUUCUUAUAAACAUUGCUUUUGUCCCUCUAAGUCUUUUCCAUUGUGGUUUAAAUAAAGGAAGAAUUCCUCUCAACAAUGCCCUGCUUCUCGUGUUCAAUUCAAAUGUGAGAAAGCAUUAAAGAUGUAUUGAAAUGAGAAAACAUUUCUUUCCUUCUGACCUAUUAAAGGACAUAAUAGAAAUUACACGCCUGUUUGUCCCAUAGAUCUGAUGUGUUCACCUUUGAGACUAGUAAACUUAAAAUGAAGCAUUGAAAUUAAUGCUGUACGAAUGUAGACAGGAGGAUUGUGAUUGUACCCAAUAGCAACUCUUUUCUGUGCCCCAAUAUAUAAAUUGACACUGUGUUGAAUUAAAUGCUGGAACAGUGUACUGCAAAAGAAAGAAAUAAAUCCCACUGGUCACACUGUA